AUGCCUCGAAACAGCCCACAUCUCGCGGACGAAGGUUUCAUGGACGAGGAGGCCAUGCUCAGUGCGAUUCUGCCACCUCAAGCGCCUACCAGGGUGGAGGAGUUGGUAUCUGGGAUAGGUUCAGUCCGGGACACUGAAGAACUGGCGUACAAGCUCCUGGCAUCCUUGCCUAGGUCAAGGCUUGCGACGAUCCAGAGACGCAUAGCACCUCUGCUGCAGUUCGACGUCGUUGGGACGCUGCCCACGGAAGUGGCAUUGCAGAUCUUUUCCUACCUGACGUACCAGACUCUCCUCGUAUGCAGCCUCGUCAGCCGGCGCUGGCUGGCACUCGCAAAUGACCCAAGCCUGUGGAAGACCCUUUGUCAAGCUCGUGGUUGGACGUGGCGGCCACCACUUCGUGUACCCGCAUUCAAUAUCCCGAUAACCGCACGCGAUGCCGCAUGGGACCACUCUGACGAUGACGAGGGUAUGGGAGACUCCGAUGAUGAAGAUGACGACGAGGAAUCCGCCGUCAUCGAUAAUUUGGAGGCUGCGAAGGCUGAACUGACGGCGAUGUCCCAGGAGCUGGACUCGGGGUUCGCGUCGAUGUCAUCCUUCUCGACCAGCACGCUACUUUUCACCAACACCAAGGACACCAUCAAUGUCGCCUCUUCUUCUACGACCAGGCUGAACUCGCCGAGGAACAAGAGCCAUGCCCGCCAUUCAGCACCGUCUGUUCUCAACUCUGCACACGACACUUCGGGCGUCAAACCCAAUUAUAAAUUGCUCUACCAGACACAUAUCAAGCUCCGGAACAGGAUCCUCUCUUCCUCCUACCGCCUCUCUGCCUUGCAAACACGUGGUGCACCCACGAACGCGCAUACAAACACUAUUUAUUGCCUUCAGCUCUACACGUAUCCAGAAACGGGGAAGCAAGUCUUGUUCACUGGUUCGCGUGACAAGACGGUUCGGGAGUGGAAUCUCACCACCGGGAUGGUCGAACGGGUCAUCUCAAAUGUGCACACAAGCUCAGUGUUAAGUAUAUGCGUGCGAGAUGGCUAUCUUGCUAGUGCUGGCGGUGACCGACAAGUCGUGUUGUGGCAUUUGGACAGCAACAAGAUGGUGAACGUCCUCUGUGAUCAUGAAGACAGUGUGCUCUGUGUUCGGUUUGAUGAUAGGAGACUAGUGUCUUGCUCAAAAGAUCGAACUGUCAGGGUUUAUUCGUUCCCUGAUCUCGAGUUCAAGUUCAUGCUGGAUGCUCAUAGGGCAGCCGUCAACGCUGUAUCUAUCUCGGAAUCGUUCAUCGUUUCCGCUUCUGGAGAUCGCUCAGUCAGACUUUGGGAUGCAGAAUCUGGCAAAUUAUUGCGAACAUUUGAGAAGCAUCAUACUAGGGGCAUUGCUUCCAUUGACUUCUGCCCGCCUGUCAUUCUUUCUGGCUCUUCAGACAAACACAUCCGAUUCUUCGACAUGACCACCCUCCAAAGCUGGUCAACUUCUCCAGAAUAUGACGGCGUCGCACCAUCCAGUAACGUUUUGCCAUUCCCACUUCCUUCCAGCAACAACGACAGUAGCACCUCGGGCUUAGUAUGUCAGGCUUGCGGAAGUUCGAACAUCGAACCAUCGUCCUCCCUUCCUCCGCCUGCAGCGAACCGGUUCGGGGCACGACACAUGCACAGUAACUUGGUGCGAACGGUUGCUCUCGGAGAAGACUUCGUGUUGAGUGGUAGCUACGACUUGAGCAUCAAGGUGUGGGAUAGGAAGACAGGCGUGUUGGUAGCUGAUCUCACAGGAGGGCACACCGGACGGAUAUUCUGUAUUGGGUUUGAUUCGAAGAAGAUCGUGUCCUGUGGCGAAGACCAGACAAUUUGCAUAUGGGACUUCUCCCAUGGGAUUGAUACAAGUUUCCUACCGUGA